AUGCCACCCAAGAAAAGAGUCAGCGCUCCACCAGAUCGCGUCUACGAAUCCGCAAGGCCCAAACGUCAAAGCAAGCUUCCAGAGCAGAAGAAAGUCGUGAAGUCAUACGGGAAGAAGAGUGGUCGUCGGGUUGCCAAUGCAAAGGACGAUGAUACUCUCACGCAAAUGGGAUGGGUGACUCUCAGCAGGAAGUCAUUACAAGAGGAAGGGGAUGACAUGGACUAUGAGGAAAAGUCUAAGAAACGAGGGAAUAAGAGGAGAAAGACCAUGGGAGACAAGCCGGAUAAUCCCCCGAAAUACCUGACGCAGACAAUAAGUCAGAUGGACUGGAGUUUCACGUCGGCCGAAGAUAAUCUGGACAAUGAAGAAAAUCAUGACUAUGAUAUAUACGAUGGCCCAAAUUCCUCACAAUCCCUCAACGGUCCCAACAGAGUCCCAAGGCUCCUCCAGCCUGCUUCUCCAGUGCGACGAAUAUCACCACGCAGAACCCAGGCUUCCAGUACGAUGCCUCCUCCUCAGACGCCUCGUCGGAUCUUCCGUCAGGAAAUCCCGUCCUCUGAAUCGCCAGCAACCCCAUUAUCAACGCACUCAAAAGGCUCUGCAAGACGUUCGCCUCUGAAGGAAAUGUCUAUCAAUGCUGCCAUACCCUUCAGCACAGGUCGAAGAAAUGAAAAGAGUGCUGGUAAACUUCCUAGACUCGAAGUCAAGGAUACUUUUGAUAGUAUCACCGAAACGCAAAGUACUAUAAUGCCAUCGACACCCGCAAAAAAAUCCAGUCCAGCCAAAAGCGUUAGAUUCGCUAUACCCGAAGACGGUGAGGAUAUGUCUGUUUCAUCACCAGCCGUAGGGAGGAAAUCUUCCCGAUUACCUCAAGCGUCACAAGGACGGACUAUAAUAACCGAAAUUUUGGACUCGGAUGCUGAGAGUGAUGAAGAAGAAGCCUUAGAACCUGAGGAGCGUUUCCAAGCUAGCUCGGGAGAGCAUCACAAGCAAAAUACAGAAGAACAGGAACCCGAAGUACGGGAGUCGGUGCAUACUGAUUCCCAGGAUUUUAACGACCUAGGACCAGAAACUUGUUACGGCGAAAUCGGCCCCGAGACACAGGUGGAGGCUGGCAGGCUUCUCGAUCUCGCUAGCAGCUCAGAAGAUGUUCAAGCAACCGAAGUGGAAAAAGUGCAGGAGGUGGAAAAGUCUGAAGAGUUGGAUGGAUUAGAAGAAAACACUUUCCAAGAGAGGACCCAGAUUAUGGAGAGCCAGCGAUUGACGAGUCAAGAUAUGAAAUUUAUGGCCCCCAGGACAUUGAACUCGGAUGUCUUUGUUUCAAUCCAUCCUACUAGAGUGGUAGGUUUCCUGGACGGAACGAGAAACCACAACACGUUCGGUCGGCCUUUACCACCCACGGUGUCACGAAUAUGGAUGUAUGAGACGGCACCACUAUCGACCUUGAGAUACAUGGCUGUAAUCGGUCCUGUCAAGCUUCCUAGCCAGAUUUUGAGUGAAAGUGGCGAAGGGGACGCGGAAUUUAACGCCAGUAAAGGCGGAAAAAGCUACGCGUACGAGAUUCUUGCACUAUAUGAGCUUGCCAAUCCUCUCUCAUUAUCAGAACUGAAAUCGAAUGAAUGGCUACAAAAGGCACCAGGUCUGUUUAACUGGGUCCGGCCAGUUGUCCUGGAUCAACUCAUGGCGAAUCUUAUGCCACCAGUAUUUGGUCCUGAUUCCAACCAAAGCACGCCUCCGUCCUCAGCUACUGAUACCCAAGAGGCUGGAGAGCAACUUAUGAGCACGAUUCAACAAUUUACUCAGCCCCAAGAGCCGUCCUCCAGCCAGGUUGCCAACUCAAACGAACACGUUUCUCCUCAGGCUGUCUCAAGCCAAGUUUUGGAAGGCCGCGACGGCCCCGAAAUCGUCCUUUCCAGCCAAAUCAUCAAAUCCGAAGACCCAGAUAUUGACGAAGUUAUCCCUUCAAGCCAGCAAGAAAGCGAACAAGAACUUACACCCAUCAAACCCCGAAUCCCCGGCCCAUCUCAAGCAACCACGGUCGAUCUCACCCAAUCCCAGACCCCGCGUCACUCCUCACCCACCGAUAUCAUCUUCGAAUCACCCCGACGUCCCAUUCCCUCCAGCACACCCCUCCGAUCCCCGACACCACGCUCAGCAGCAGAUGAUUACCAAGGACCGGAAUCGCUGGUACCGUAUUCAAUGGCGUCGUCGCAGCUGUUGACCAAGAGCCAGAUGUUGCCUGAAGGAUUGUUGGGCGAGAGUGUACCGGGCCCGCCGGUAUUUGUGGGGGAUUCUGAUGACGAGGACGAUGACUAUUAUUCGAUUGGGCUUUGA